CCCAGUGUUGGCUCGGUUUCCUGCUGCACACGUUGUUCAGGGUCACGCAGUUUGAGCAAGCUCACGCAGGCUACCGAGGACCACGGCGAUAACACUGUUGAUUUUGACGAUCAGCCGCGACAAUUAUAACCCUGUUUCAAGCCGCUGCAGCCAAUGGAUCCGGGGGGCGGACAGAACUAUCUAGGGGAGUUGUCUGCUUACGAGUAAUCCGAUUGGACCACCUUAAAAAGGGCACACACGCUGCUUGCUUUCCGCUCAGAACCUCCGCCUUCUGCCGCCCUACAGAAAUAGAAAGGUCCGGCAGGAAGAGUCACUCUAGUAGGAGGACAAAUAAAGACGAUUUACUCCAACUAGGAGCAGGUUUCAUUAGCAGGAGUAACUGUUUACCUUCUCAACAAUCCAGCCUGGCUGACCGCCGAGCCGGGGGGGUAAACCUGCAGCUGCAUUCUGGUUCCGAGACAAACUCUUUUUAUAUUUCCCUCUGAUUUCAAACUUUCUGCAAUUGAAUCCAUUUGAAGCCUUCCGACCUGUGCAUUUUCUAAAGGAAUGGCCUUGGACUUCGCUGCUGGAUGUGUGGGAGGUGCCGCCGGUGUUUUGGUCGGGCAUCCGUUUGAUACCGUAAAGCUACAGUGUCACUGUGUUGUAGAUGAGAGAGAGAAAUAAACAACCUCUCCACGGAAAUGUGACCUAGUAAGUAUAGUCCAGGUCUUUCUUUAUCUCACCCAAUGUCCUGUCUUGAGCUAGAGAAAUAUAAAACCAAGAAGGCAUCUUUUUUUUUUUCUUUUUUAUUACUCAACGUUAUGCUCGGUAAUGUUUCUUCUCCCUCAUGUUGCAACCCAUAAGCAUUUUUAACCCUGAAACAAAUGAGUAAAGUGAAUGUCUGCUUAUUUCCUUACAACUGUGUUUUGCAGAGUUUGCUUUGUAGUCACUGUCCUCUUUGGGCUUCAUAUGCUCCUUUGUGUGGCUCUAACGUAUGUGCUGUCGUCCCCAGGUGCGGCUUCAGGUACAAAAUGUGGACAAACCUCUUUACCGCGGAACAUUUCACUGCUUUCAGUCAAUCGUACGCCAGGAGUCGAUGCUUGGUCUGUAUAAAGGCAUCGGUUCUCCAAUGAUGGGGCUGACUUUCAUCAAUGCUAUCGUUUUUGGCGUCCAAGGCAACGCCAUGCGAAAGCUCGAACGUGACACGCCUCUCAACCAGUUCCUGGCCGGAGCUGCCGCUGGAGCCAUCCAGUGUGUCAUCUGUUGCCCAAUGGAGCUGGCCAAGACUCGUAUGCAGAUGCAGGGCACCGGUGAGAAGAAAUCGAAGAAGAAGAUGUACAAGAACUCCCUGGACUGCCUGGUGAGAAUCUAUAAGAAGGAAGGAUUCAAGGGGAUCAACCGUGGCAUGGUGACCACCCUGCUGCGCGAGACGCCGGGCUUCGGGGUGUACUUCCUCGCAUAUGACGCGCUGACACGCUCGCUGGGCUGUGAGCCAGAAGACCCGUACAUGAUCCCAAAGCUGCUCUUUGCUGGUGGAAUGUCGGGCAUUGCCUCCUGGCUCUCCACCUAUCCGGUGGACGUGAUCAAGUCGCGUCUGCAGGCCGAUGGAGUUGGGGGUGUCAACAAAUACAACAGCAUCAUGGACUGCGUCAAGCAGAGCUUACAGAAGGAGGGAUACAGAGUUUUCACCCGUGGGCUCACGUCCACGUUGCUCCGCGCGUUUCCAGUGAACGCCACCACGUUCGCCACAGUGGCUCUGUUUUUAAUGUACAUGCGACAGGGAGAAGACUGCAGCAUCCAGAACUCUGAGCCGCAGCCUGUGCAGCUGCAGCCUCUGCAGCAGCAGACACAACCCACCAGCAUGUAAGAGGCAGCGCAGCUGGCUGGGUUAUGCAGGUUUGUGGUCAGUUACCUGUUGUCCAUGACAACCAUAGACAGCUGACUGUUGAUGAGCACCUGUCCAGAUGGAGACCCAUCCAUCGGUGGUAUUUAAAAACAUUUUUUAAACUAAAAGCUGCAUUUCUUUUCUUUUUUUUCUUUGGUUACUAAAAUUAAUUUUUUUUUAAAUAAAACAUGUUCACUAUCUUUGGAUUAUUUGGCAUCUUGCAAACAAAAAGCUACAGAGAAUAGUUUACGAAGAAGCGCCCAAAGUUUCAUUGUAUUUUAUCUGAGUGGACUUUGCAACAUGUGAGGUUCACCUCACACUGGAUGCAGCUCAGAUGCUCCUGGUACAGUGUUACAUAAACAUAUUUGGAUAGAAUCUAAUACAGAAGUUUCCGUUGUAUCCGAGUAUUUGACCCCAGCUAACAUCAAAUGCAAGGCAGCAUUCUCCUGUCGGUUUUUAAUGAAGCACCUUAUAACCACAGGUAUGGUUGAAACCACAAAGGCCAUCUGACUUUGUGUUUAACAUUAACUACUAAUAUUAUACAAAGCGGUUCACUAGUAAGAAAUUGGAUUUAAAAUAAAAAUCCAGAGUAAAAACUAUUCCCCGUCUGCAGAAAUCACUUUGUCCACAAGUGGGCAGCAUCAGACCAGCUACGGUCAGUUUGCACCACCCCAUACAACCAGUGUAGCUGCUCGUUUGACAGACCUGCUUAUUUUACUGUAUACGAUGCUAAUAUUGGAUGAAUAUUUGUAUAUAAUCAUAAUUUAGAGUUGGGUGAAAGGAAAAGUACUAUCCCCGUGUGUAGAUGGUUUAUCGGACUGCAGCUCUGACACGAUGUGCAUGAUGUGAAAGUGCUCCUUGUUCCAUUUGUUUCUCCUCAAGGCUUUAAAUCUAAGCCUUGAGCCUACCCUAAUUAAGUUGUUUUUUGGAGCAUUUUAUAGGUGGAAAUGAUUUGAUGUACAUCUUUUAAGAAGGCUGCUUUGGACAUUAAAUGCUGCUCUGUG